UUUUGUUUUCUUUAUAUCCAUGUCAAGAACCGUCAGUUACCGCAAGGAGAAACUUUGGCCGGUGCAGUGUUGUGAUUGGCUGUUGAACAUUUUGAGUUUGAAUUUGUCACCGGUGGCGGGUGUUGGGAAGUGUGGGUGGUGACUUAAGGAUUAUUAUUGUGAUGGACGUUUACCAUAAAUUGGAAAAGCUUGGCGAAGGCACAUAUGGUGUUGUAUACAAAGGGAAACAUAAGACAACUGGACAGUUAGUUGCAAUGAAGAAAGUGCGCCUUGAAAAUGAAGACGAAGGUGUUCCAUCAACAACCAUCAGAGAAAUAUCCCUUCUUCGAGAAUUGGUACAUCCAAAUAUUGUGAAGCUGGAGGAUGUAAUAAUGGAUGAAUCAAGAGUCUACUUAAUUUUUGAGUACAUGUCAAUGGACCUGAAGAAAUAUCUGGAUAGUUUAGGUCAAGGCAAUUAUUUGAAGCCAGACAUGAUGAAGGCUUUCUUAUAUCAGAUGAUUUUGGCAAUAUUAUUCUGUCAUAAACGCCGUGUGUUGCAUAGAGACUUGAAGCCACAAAAUAUAUUGGUAGAUGGAAAUGGCAUUUUGAAAAUUGCAGACUUCGGUUUGGGCAGGGCAAUUGGCAUACCUCUGAGAGUAUUUACUCACGAAAUAGUAACAUUGUGGUACAGAGCUCCUGAGGUGUUGCUUGGGGCAAACAAGUAUUCUUGCCCAAUAGACAUGUGGUCUAUUGGUUGCAUAUUUGCUGAAAUGGCGUCAAAAAAACCUUUGUUUCAAGGCGACUCUGAAAUUGACCAACUGUUUAGAAUAUUCAGGGUGUUAAAAACGCCAACAGAAGAAAUAUGGCCAGGUGUUACACAGUUACCAGACUAUAAACCAACUUUUCCGAACUGGGUACAAUAUAACCUGAAUAGCCAUGUGAAGAAUAUUGACGACGAUGGAUUGGAUUUGCUUAAGAAGUUACUGGUCUACAGUCCGCCUGAUAGACUGUCUGCAAAGCAGGCCAUAAGGCAUACAUAUUUUGAUAAAAUGGAUAUGUCCAAAGUACCAACGACUACUGCGUGAGAAUUUAUAUUUAUUCAAGGAGUCCAGGAAAUUGUAUAGAGAAGAAUGUCAAAUCAUUUUACUUUGUGAAUAUUUCUUAACCAUUCUGUACUUAGCUGUGUACUAUAGCAACCACAUAAAAGCAUGUCAGGAGUGAACUGUUCUUCAAAUUCAAAACAUAUUUUAUUCUUUUUAUCCCAUAUAUACAAUUUAUACUUGGGUUUUUAUUUAUAGAAUCUUAGCAUUUGUUUUAAAAUGUCAGUAGUGUAAUAUUCAAUACUAGUUUCACCUGAAUUAUAAAUAACAGGGAUAUAAAAUAUUUAAGUUUAUAGUUUUUGGAAAAAUAUUUAAAAUGUGCUGCAAAAGAUGAAAGUGGAGUGUUGUCAGUAAUGUACAGUAAUAGUGUAUCUAAUAAUAGGUCUUAAAACGUGUUGACUGUGCAUGGUUUUUUUUUUUUUUUUUUUUUUUUUUUUUUUUUUUUUUUUUUUUUUUCCCCCCCCCCAUUUGUGAAGUCUGUAUAGAAAGUUAACUACUUGACUAAGAGAACAGAAAGAUGCAAAAGAACGGUGUCUUUAUAGAGAUAGCUACCUGUGUGCAGCAAGUCUCUACUGUAGAUCAGUAUGAAGCAACUAGGGUUGUCACUGAUGUGUGGUUUCUGCCAGUGAAUAUUGUGACACCUGAUAGAACGAGCUGGUUCAAUGCUAGGUGAACUAAAGUCUUGCAUGUUGUCCUUCCUGUGAUUCUGUGCAAGAAUGGAUAAUCGGAUGGUUAGGUUAAAUGGCCACGGAAGUAAGGUGUCAUGUUCCCCGUGGGUAAGCCCGAUACCUGCCAUGUGCAAGAAAGUACCUGCCCGGUAGAUCAGGUACAUGCGAUAGCUGCCAGAGGACACGUAAAAGCUUUGGCUUCUAACUGUCGUGUUUUCGGGCAUCUGGAAAACAUGAUGUACCCGCCAGUAAUAGUUGAAGGUGAGCCGUCCUUGAGGAUCCGUGAGGAGACUGCUGUUGUAGCGAUCAAUUUCUGCUUCUCGGCUGCUGGGCUCUGCGCUCUGCAAAUGAGCAUAGUUGUCAAGUGUCUCCUCCUGUAUUUUGUAUGUCGAACUAUCCACCGACGAUCUGCAAUCAAAUACAGAAUAUAUAUUCAUAGUGCAUUACACGGUUAAAAUAUAUUUUUUGAUUAAACAAUAUUUAAAACAAUAAUUUGUAAAAAAACUGUGAAGGAAAUUCUAUUUUGUAGCCUUUUGUGGAAGAAAACUAUGCAUAAAUAUUGACUUUUUGGUCUUUAUUGUUUGAAAAGUCUUGUGCUUUGUCAUUUCCAAUUAAGUUAAAUUAUUUUAGUUAAAUGUAACUGUCAUUCAGAUGAAAAAUUGUGUAAUAGAAUUUUCCAUUUGUUGAAUAAAUGUGUGACUUAUUCACUGUUUGUACAAUGUACUGUUAAAGUGAUGCCUAUUGCUGUUUAUUGUUACAGAGCCACUUUCAUAAACAUAAAUAUUCAUAAUAUAUGUUGUUUUAUGCUA